CGCUGUAUUUUUAUUGUUAAGAAGUCUGCAACUGAUGGAAAGAAUAAAGUUCAGGCAGGAGAAAAAAGAUGGCACAAAACAGAAGUAAAGUUUCACGGUGAAACUCCCGCUCCAGUUACGAUCUCUUCUCCCGAUUUUAAAACGGAAGGGGCGAGGAGAGACUACAUCUCCCCGCAUGCAAUGCGGUUUUGUAUAAACUACAAAUCCCAGCAUGCCACAUCGGUAUCUUUUACUCUACAGUGUAGGUAUUUACGAGGCCGGGUAUUGUUACCAAGAAAUGGUUUCUUGAAGUCGCGAUGUGUGAUUGUGGCUGGAAGAUAGAGAGGUGUUUUAUGUGUAGGGCUCUAAGCGGCAAGAGAUGGCUGUGGUAGAAAGAAGCCGUUGGAUCCGCAAAGGACGUGGGAAGAAGAAAAUUUGAGGCACCACCGGCAAAGAGAAGCCGUCGGGUGCCUGUUUGACAGCCUGUCAAACCCGAACGUGCGCUUUUCUGUUUUCUUCCGGGCUGGGUUGAACCUCUUCAGCUUCCGUAGGCAGUGGGUCGGAAGUGCAGGUCAAAAUGGAAGUGAAUCCCCCCAAGCAGGAGCACCUGCUGGCUCUGAAAGUGAUGCGGUUGACUAAGCCUACUUUAUUCACCAAUAUUCCAGUAACAUGUGAAGAGAAAGACUUACCUGGAGAUCUCUUUAACCAACUCAUGAGAGAUGAUCCUUCAACUGUAAAUGGUGCAGAAAUAUUAAUGUUGGGAGAAAUGUUGACUUUACCACAGAAUUUCGGGAAUAUAUUUUUGGGAGAGACCUUUUCCAGUUAUAUCAGCGUUCAUAAUGAUAGCAAUCAAGUUGUAAAAGACAUAUUGGUAAAAGCUGAUCUUCAGACAAGUUCUCAACGUUUAAAUCUUUCAGCCUCCAAUGCUGCAGUGGCUGAACUUAAACCUGAUUGUUGUAUUGAUGAUGUCAUACACCAUGAAGUAAAGGAAAUUGGAACACACAUCUUGGUGUGUGCAGUGAGUUAUACAACUCAGGGUGGAGAAAAAAUGUAUUUUAGAAAAUUCUUCAAAUUUCAGGUUCUCAAACCACUGGAUGUGAAAACCAAAUUUUACAAUGCAGAGAGUGACCUCAAUUCUGUGACUGAUGAAGUGUUUCUGGAAGCCCAGAUUCAGAAUAUUACAACCUCACCCAUGUUUAUGGAGAAAGUUUCAUUGGAGCCAUCUAUAAUGUAUAAUGUAGCAGAAUUAAAUUCAGUCAACCAAGCUGGAGAAUGUGUAACUACGUUUGGGUCAAGAGCAUAUUUGCAGCCAAUGGAUACACGCCAGUACUUGUACUGCCUAAAGCCCAAGAAGGAGUUUGCAGAAAAAGCAGGCAUCAUUAAGGGAGUAACAGUAAUUGGAAAAUUGGAUAUAGUGUGGAAAACAAAUCUAGGUGAAAGGGGAAGAUUACAGACCAGCCAACUUCAAAGAAUGGCUCCAGGCUAUGGAGAUGUUAGGUUGUCUUUGGAGGCAAUCCCAGAUACCGUAAACCUAGAAGAACCUUUUCAUAUUACCUGUAAAAUAACAAACUGCAGCAGUGAAAGGACUAUGGAUCUGGUUUUGGAAAUGUGCAAUACCAGUUCCAUCCACUGGUGUGGUAUUUCCGGAAGACAGCUCGGAAAGCUGCAUCCCAGUUCCUCUCUCUGCCUUGCCCUUACUCUGCUGUCUUCAGUCCAGGGACUGCAGAGCGUCUCCGGCUUAAGACUUACAGACACAUUCUUAAAGAGAACAUAUGAAUAUGAUGACAUCGCACAAGUCUGUGUGGUAUCUUCGGCCGUUAAAGUGGAAAGCUGAAGAAAAUUUCCGAUAUUAUGCUUUUCGUUGAGUUUCACAGAACUUUCUGUAUUUUUGUCACCUUUGUAAAAUGAUCAACAGCAAAGAUAAGUUUCUAUUAUUUAAAUUUCUUUCCUGGAAAACAGUUUAAAUAUUUCUUUUGAAAAGAACCAUCUAUUGAUAUUAUCUUCAGUUUUAUGCUAAAUGGACAUUUGUACAUUUUCUACACAUUAUCCUAUUUUGUUUCGUUUUAGAUGAGCAUUGGACUUCAUUCUCCAAAAGCUCUAUAUUUGAGGCCAUUUGUCCCUAGCAAAUAUCUAGAACAGAGGUCAGCAAACUUUUUAUGUGAAGGGCCAGAUACUGAAUAUUUUAGGCUUUGCAGCCCCUAUGGUUUCUAUUGAAAUGACUCAACUCUGCUGUUGUAGUGUGAGAGCAGCCAGCAGGCUCAAAGAGCACAGCGGUAUUUACAAAGACAGGCAGCUGGCCAGAGUGGGCUUGCAGGCCGUAGUUUGCUGCCCUCAAUCUAGAAGAUACAGCUGUUUCUUAGAAUUCUUCUAAUUAUUUAGAAAUAUUUCAGUUAACCCCACUUUUUUUCCUAGCACCUCAGUCAACAGAAAAAGUUUGUUUAAAACAUCUGGGGUAUUCCUCGUGUAGCCUUGUAUUUGCUAACACAGUAUGAGUUUUUCUAGUUGUUUUCAAAAUUAGUGUAUUGGUAUAUAUCUGUGUUUGUGUAUAGACACAAACACACACGUCUAAGUUUUCAGUUACUAACAGCAGAUUAGAAUUGGUUUUAUUUCUUAGAUUGUUAAUUAUUUUGUUAACUCUUAAUUAAGAAGGCUGAUAAUUUUCUAAUUCUAAGCCAAAAAGCCUGGGCUAUUUUCCCACUGAAAAAUAAUCCAAUUAUUUUCAUAAGUAUUUAAAGGAUUUUCAGCUUCUGAUAUUUGAUUUUGGACUCUCAAUCAUGUAUUAAAAUUAUAAAACUUUCUAUAUCUGCAUGUAGUCACACUAAUUUACUUAUGCCAUGAACAAAACAGUGAGAAAGUUAAGAUUGUUAACAACUUUGCAAUAUGAAUGUAAUAAAAGUUUCAAUAUUUUGUCAGGAAAAUAAAAGCUUAUGCUGUUAAAUAAAAAGUUAUUUUGGUAAGUUGAAAUUCAAGGAUGUAUAUAUAAUUGCUUAAAUGUAAGAGUGCAUUAAGUCAAAUACAAAAACUGGUUUUUCUUAAAUGCAUAAUUAUUUAUUGCCAUGACAAAUUGUUUGGUCCAAAAUGAAAGCUGUAUUUAGAAUGAGAUCUCCCCCUUAAAUUGGAGUAGUAAUUAAUGAAAUGUCUGUGCAAAAUAAAGUGCAAGCAGUGUAAAAUUGAA